AUGGACAGCUGCGGCAGAACAGAGCGAGGCGAGGAGCCCAUCAGCAGCUGGCUGGAGAUCGAGGAGGUCUCGCCGUUGACGGGGAAGAAGGACGCCAAGCAGCAGGCACCCGCCAGCGGCGUCAGGCGAUGGAGCUCCGUGGUGAGUGCCACCGUGGUGGUCCUGAUCAUGACCACGCCGCCGCUUCUUUUCCUCCUCAGUGGCCGCCUCGGCGAGCCGGUGGUGUGGGUCAGGCCCACCGUCGCCAGCGUAGGCGCGCAACGGCAAACAGAAUCCAAGAAAGACGCACUUCUUGGUGGCCUGCUGCUUCCAGGAUUCGACGAACAGACCUGCGCCAGCCGGUACCAGUCCGUUUACUACCGCAAGAACAUGACCCGGCAGCCGUCCCCGUACCUCAUCAAGCGGCUGCGGGAGCAGGAGGCGCUGCAGCGGCGGUGCGGCCCGGGCACGGAGCCAUACAUGAGAGCGUCAGAGAGGCUCAGGUCCGGGCAAACCGGCGCCGUCGACGACGUCGACGGCUGCAGCUACCUCGUGCUCAUCUCCUACAGGGGCCUCGGCAACCGGAUGCUGGCGAUCACCUCGGUGUUCCUCUACGCCCUGCUCACCAACCGCGUGCUCCUCGUGGACCCCGGCUACGGCAACACCCUGCCGGACCUCUUCUGCGAGCCGUUCCCGGGGACGACGUGGGCGCUGCCGCUCGACUUCCCGCUCGAGAAGCGGUUCCGGCAGCUGGACGAGGCGGCGCCGGAGAGCUACGGGAACGUGGUGGUGAACCGGAGCGGGUCCGUGUCCGGGAUGCGGUUCGUGUACCUGCACCUGGACCACGCCGCGUCGCCGGCGAACCGGCUCGUGUACUGCGACAACCACCGCGAGUCGUUCCUCCACCGGAUGCAGUGGGCGAUCAUCCGGACGGACCAGUACAUGGCGCCGGGGCUCUUCUUCAACCCGGCGUACCAGGAGGAGCUGGACCGGCUGUUCCCGCUGAAGGACUCGGUGUUCUACCUCCUGUCGCGGUACCUUCUGCACCCGACCAACGACGUCUGGGGCAUGGUCACCAGGUACUACAACUCGUACCUGAGGGACGCGGACGAGCGGCUGGGCAUCCAGAUCCGGGUGCUAUUCGCCGGCGCCGACAAGCCGGCGCAGCACGUCCUGGACCAGAUCCUCGCGUGCACGUCGCGGGAGCAUCUGCUGCCGGGGGUGGUGACCACGGAAGGAGCAGCGCCGCAGCUCCCGCCGGCCGCCGCCGGCGCGCGGCGGUCCAAGAAGGCCGUUCUGGUGACCGGGCUGAGCGCAUGGUACCACGACAACAUCCGGGAGAUGUACUGGAAGUCGGCGACCGUCGACGGCGAGGUGGUGAGCCUGUUCCAGCCCAGCCACGAGGAGCACCAGCAGUGGUACCACAACAAGCACGACAUGAAGGCGGCGGCAGAGAUCUACCUGCUCAGCCUCACCGACAAGAUCGUCACCAGUGCAUGGUCGACGUUCGGGUACGUCGGCUACGCGCUGGGCGGGCUCAGGCCGUACCUCAUGUUCAUUCCGGAGAACCAGACGGCGCCCGACCCGCCAUGCACCAGGGCCAUGUCCAUGGAGCCGUGCUCUCACGGGGCGCCCUCCUUCGAGUGCACCAGGAAAGAGAUCAACACGAUCAUCAACACCGGGGUGCUGCUGCCCCAUGUCCGUGCUUGCGAAGACAUCUCAUGGGGGCUCAAACUUACUGACCCGGAUGUAGAAAAUUAA